AUGCGCUGGCAUCACUUGUCUAGAUUCAAAAAACCGCACUCAGAAUGGCAAUCAGCAGAUACUAUAUUGACUUCCUACAAGACCCUGGUUGAGGAUUUCAAACAAAGCAGGCCACUUCCACUCACAUUUUCAACACAAUGGUACUGGGUAGUAUUAGACAAGGCUCAUUAUGUGCUUCUUCUUUCAAACCGUCACUCACUCAUCAAGUUCCUCCAAGUAGUACCUUUUGAUCAAGACCUUGUGUGGUAUAACAAAAUUGUGAAACCAAUUUCAAUUGGAAAUUAUGGACCUCUAUCCCCGUUGAUGCGGUAUAUGAUGCUUAGACGCACCAAGGCCAGCCAUCUCCCAGAUAUACCACUGACAAAAUUUGAUGGGGCUAAUUAUUUCAAGGACUUGAUCAAUCUCAGAAUGACCUGUAAUCACCCACUUGGAUUUGGCGAUACUAGUCAAUCACGCCAAUUACCCACUGAAAAACCUAAUGAUAUGGAGCUGGCCUGUGGUAUUUUGGAUCAUGGUUCACCUCAAGAUUGGCAACUCAGGACAAAGCUUACAUUCUUAAUCAAUGACCUCUGUGAAAGGAAAAAAUACAAUGGAGGCAAGAGUGUUAUAUACACACAGUGGAGGUCCUUGAUGGAUUGUCAUUGA